UAAUGUGGAGUGCUGAGGGGAGGAAUGGGCUCUGCUUCUUCUGGGGGUCAUCAUGCCACUUGCUUUUGCUGUCCUGGCCUGAGGAUCAUCGCCUGCAAUGCUUCAUUCAUCCCCAGGCUCUGCAGUCAGAAAUCUCAUCAUAGUUGAAAUGCAAAAACCACACCAGGUCCGACCAUCCGUCUGAAAACUGCAAGGACUGGAGACACCACCGUUACUGCCUUCUCACCAUGGAUCCCAUAUCAUUUACUGCCCCCAAAGCCCUGGCAGCGCCUGGCGUCGUCGUUCUGGAGUACAGACUUCAGCUGAUCGGCUCCUUGACUCUCAAUGCCUUCACCACAAUGCCCAUGUUACCUUGGGUGGUGGCAGAGGUCAAGAGGAAAAGCUUAGAGGGGUCCAAGGACUCCCCACCUGUCCGUCCUGUCCGGCUGUAUGUGUCAGCCACCUGUAUCUGCUGCGAGCCGGACCCCGGGGACAGCCAGCAGUGGGAUCCUCUCAUCUGCUCCAGCAUCUUUGAACACAAGCCGCAGUUGGUCCAGAAACUGAUACACAACAGUCAGGACCCCAAUUAUUUUGCCUGUCUCCUAAAGGAGGGAGACGUCCCACAUCAGCAGAGCACAUGCUAUGUCUUUCGAGCUGCUGACCAAGACAAAGUGCCUGAAAUAAUUGGCUCCAUCAGACAAGCCGGAAAACUAGCACGGCAAGAGGAGAUCCAUUCUCCGUUAUGUGACGGGGACGACGCUUUCUCCAAAAAGUUUGAGGUCCUGUUCUGUGGCCGAGUUAUUGUGGCCCAUAAGAAGGCACCGCCUGCCCUGAUAGAUGAAUGUAUUGACAAGUUCAACCAUGUCAGCUGCAGCAAACAGAAAGACGUGGACGAUCUGCCUCCGCAGACAGACUCCAGCACCGCAGUCACGUUUGGAGACAAACUGCGCUCUGCUUUCCAGACGACCUUUAAUGAGGACGAUAAAAAUAAACCCAUGCGUAAAUCUUAUUCCCAGCCGGGCUUAAGGACUAACUCGUUUGAGAAGGAAUGGGAGAAUGGUCGUUACAGCCUUCCUGGAUCUUUCGAGGAGCAUGACAGUUCUAUGGACUUAAAAAGUUCUGGUGAAGUACGGAACUGCGUGCAGCCCACUGACAUGGCGGAAAAUCAGACCAUGCUGUUCACGAUUGGCCAGUCGGAAGUUUACCUAAUCAGCCCGGACACCAAGAAAAUUGUUAUAGAGAAGAGCUUUAAAGAAAUCUCCUUUUGUUCUCAGGGAAUCCAGCACGUCGAUCACUUUGGUUUCAUCUGCAGGGAGCCUUUAGACUCUGGAGGCUGUCACUUUGUCUGCUAUGUGUUUCAAUGCACAAAUGAAGCGCUGGUGGACGAGAUCAUGUUGACCCUGAGGCAGGCUUUUAGUGUAGCUGCUGUGCAGCAGAAUACGAAGCCUCCUGUGCUUCUGUGUGAUGGAUGUCCCAUGCAGUGCAUGCACAAACUGUGUGACAAAAUAGAAGGUCUUCCGUCAUCAAAAACCAAGCUUGAAUUACAGAGACACAUCACCACAUUAAACAAUGAGGAGCAGGCCUCUGUGUUUGAGGAAGUACAGAAAAUACGUCCUCGGACUGAACAGAGAGAGAACGAGUUCAUUAUCUCCCGGCUGAGGUGUCUCUAUGAAGAAAAGCAGCGAGAUCAUGUCCACUGUGUGGAACCAAAGCAGGUCUCUCAAAUUUCUAGCAACCCUCUGAACGAGCUACAGAUCAGUGCCCCCCGCUUGAGGUUGGAACUGUUUAAGAGCAAAGCAAAAAGAUCUCUAACCGAAUCUCUAGAAAGCAUUUUAUCAAGGGGGACUAAAAAUCGUUCUCAACAGGACGGCUCCGGGAGCAUAGAUUAUGACCGUUCGUUAUGCACUCCGCUGGAAAGUAGUAGUAAGGAACCUUCCUUAAGCGAAGUGGAAGUAUCUUUCCUAGAAACGCCUCUGAAGGCUCACGGCUCCAUGGGUGACUUGCCAACGGUAGCAGAAGGCUCCUUCUCUGAGCUUCCUGGAGAAUUAUCUCAUCAAGGAUUCCGACGUCGAGCUAACACUUUGAGUCAUUUCCCUGUCACAUCUCAGGAUUUACCAGAGCCUGAGCAGAAAACCCCAUCUGCUCCACAGAGGAAGCUUAUGCGACACCACUCCGUGAGCACCGAGACGCCGCUCAAAAGAAAUUCCAGCGUAGCUUCCAGUGUGCCUGAGAGCAGUUCAGCACAAUGUGACGAGGCUGCCCCUUCUCCUCCUGUCACUCCAGCCUCCUCUCCUAGAUUCCUCAGAAAACUAAGGCAUAACUCCGGUGGGGAACCUAGUGGUCCGGCCACUCAGAAGAGCCUCUUCUACCGCUCUUCUUUUCGGAAGAAACUACACUCUUCCUCUUCUGUGCCAAACUUUCUAAAGUUUCUAGUUCCGGUAGCAGAAAAUAGUGCAUCUGAAUGUAACAAGGAAUGUGACUUUGAGUGUAAGUCCAUCCAUAGUGAAGCGGCGUUCAGCAGUCCAGUGAGGACUCGGCGGCAUUCUUGGAGACAGCAGAUCUUCCUGCGUGUUGCAACUCCGCAGAAGGGAUGCGAUUCCCCAAACAGAUAUGAAGAACGUUCAGAAGUGGGUGAUUUGCCCCCAAGGUCUCCUCUACAGCCUCUAUUUGAAGAUGGUCCAUUUGGUACUCUAUCAGUAGGAAGCCACCGCACUCCUGAAGAACUGAGAGAGCUUUGGAAAAAGGCCAUCAUACAGCAGAUUAUACUUCUCAGGAUGGAAAAAGAAAACCAAAAGUUACAAGCCUCAGAAAAUGAUUUGCUAAAUAAACGCCUGAAGCUUGACUAUGAAGAAAUCACUCCCUGUCUUAAAGAUGUGACACUCGUGUGGGAAAAAAUGCUGAACACCCCUGGAAGAGCAAAAAUUAAGACUGAUAUGGAAAAGAUUCAUGCUGCUGUUGGGCAAGGUGUCCCUCGCCAUCAUCGAGGAGAGAUCUGGAAGUUUUUAGCAGAACAGUAUCAGUUAAGGCAUCAGGUGCCCAACAGAAGCCCUGUUAAAGAUGUCCCCUAUAAAGAGCUACUAAAGCAGCUGACCACCCAACAGCAUGCAAUUCUUAUUGAUCUGGGACGCACCUUCCCGACACACCCAUACUUUUCGGCCCAGCUGGGAGCAGGACAGCUGUCGCUCUACAACAUUUUAAAGGCCUAUUCCUUGCUGGAUCCUGAAGUGGGUUACUGCCAAGGGCUGAGCUUCGUCGCUGGGGUUCUGCUGCUCCACAUGAGCGAAGAGGAUGCUUUUAAAUUGCUGAAGUUUCUGAUGUACGACAUGGGCUUAAGGAAACAGUACAGACCUAAUAUGGUCACCUUACAGAUCCAGAUGUACCAACUUUCUCGACUGCUUCAUGACUACCACAGAGACUUGUACAAUCACCUAGAAGAGUAUGAGAUUGGACCUAGUCUGUAUGCCGCCCCUUGGUUUCUUACCAUGUUUGCAUCUCAGUUCCCUCUAGGUUUUGUGGCCAGAGUCUUUGAUAUGAUUUAUCUUCAGGGAUCAGAAGUUAUCUUUAAAGUGGCCCUAAGUUUGUUGGGCAGUCACAAACCCUUAAUCUUGCAACAAGAAAAUCUUGAGUCCAUUGUGGACUUCAUAAAGAACACACUGCCAAAUCUAGGCUUGGUACAAAUGGAGAAGACUAUAAACCAGGUUUUUGAAAUGGACAUUUCAAAGCAAUUGCAGGAUUACGAUGUGGAAUAUCAUGUACUGCAGGAUGAACUGAUCGAUUCCUCUCCUCUCAGUGACAAUCAGAGAAUAAAUAAGUUAGAAAAGGCAAAUAAUACCUUACACAAAGAGAACUUUGACCUAUUGGAGGAGUUACAGGUAUCCAAAGGCAGAAUCCAGAUUCUGGAGUCAACAAUUGAUGAUUUACAGAUUAAUCAAGUCAAAUUGAAACAGUGUGUCUGUACUUUAGAGCUUGAGCGAUCAGCCCUGCUAACCACAAUUGAGGAACUGAAAAAACAGAUCCAGGGGUCACAAAAUAUUCCUCUUUAGAUAAACCAUGAUCAUUAAGAACAUUUCACAUACCAAACAAAGCUGAUUUUACUAAAAAUGUCCAGGUCAUGUUCUUCCUUAUCCAUUGCACAUGCUUCCUUAUUAAGAAGAAGCAAUCUUCAGAUAAGGGGAUCUUACAUCACAGGAAGGAAUCUUCUGGUGUUUUUUCUUUGUCAUCAUUGUAGUAUUUUAUGCAUUUUUAGAUUUUUUUUUUUUUUUUUUUCCUUCUCAUUCUUGGUUUCUCUUGAGUUGUAAAUUCCAAAAUAUUUCAUAUUGGCCAAGCAAGGAAAACAAUUAUAGAAAGGGAUAUAUUGUAAUCUUGAGUAUGCAAGAUCCUUUAGGAUUUCUGAUCUCCAAACCAAAGUGGAGCAGCCCUCUUGCAGGCUGAGCUAAUAUUCAGUCCUUUUGGAAGCUAUAGCCAUAACAUGGUGAUUGGAUGUUCCCUUUAAACCAAAGAUCUUUAUCAUAUCAAUCUUCCCUUAAAAGAUUAAUGCACAGAAUGAUCAUCUGCUCUCUCUGUUUCAUUUCUCCUAAGAUCAGUUGAGUGGGCAACUGAUGAUACCCAAAAGGCUUAAGGACCAUCAUAUGUUCCCAACAAUAAUGAUCUAAUAUCUGUGGGUUCCCUCCAUUAGUGGUGUCCAGCCUUUAGUUUUCUAGUUGUAGUAUGAGAGCAGCUAUAGAGAAAUAGGCCGGACACCACUGGCCCAGAUCAAAAUCUUAUCUGGUAUCAGUAAUGUUACAAGUUCAAAACUCAUGAACAGAAUGCUUCCUUCUACACUACUUAGUUGUUGGCUAAGUACAUGUAGUCUAUGGAAGUGCCUUCAGGGAGCUAAAUAUGCUACAGAUGAUGGUAACUCUGACCACCUAAGCUCCACCUGCCUGACCGGAAAUGUGAACAGGGUCUACAGUAUAUAGUGCUGGGUUUAGGGACAGGUUCAUGUCAAGUUCUCACAAAAAUGCUUUGGAUUUAGAAAUAUAUCUCCUACUGUGUCUUGUAUAAAUUUGUCUAUGCGACACAAGGUCAUAUUUUGAUUUUCAUGUAUUUUAUAUGAAGUUUCCCUGGUAAAUAUGGAACAUUUUAGGUGCUUAGAUGGAGCACAACCAUGUGGAGUCCUAAAAUUCACAUUUUAUCUUUUUUUUUAUUAACUUAAAUAUUUAUAACUUGAUAUAAUUAUUUGUAUCAUAUUUUUUAAUGUGCAUUAUGCUUUUAACCCAAAUAACAAUACAGUUAGUGGUUUGCUUUCAAUUAGAGCUAUUUCUUGGUUAGUCAUGUCUUCCCGAUGUUGUUUUCAUACCAAAGCUCAGCCUAGCUAACAGCAUGAAUUGUCCUGAAAGGCGAAUUUCACAAGCCACACCCAGGACUAAUUAGUUGAUCUAAUCCAAUGGUUUAUAUCCUUAUCGCUAUGAUCCUUUACGUACUGAAAAUUUUCAGUCUGUUUUGCUUGAGUCUGCAUUGAUGCAAUUUGGGACACAUUUAUCAAAUGUCACAUUGUUUAAUACAUUUGGUGCAUCUUUAAAUCUAGCACUUCUGUUUUGAGAUACUGCUCCACUUUCUGUGCCACUUCUUUACUACAGGAAGAUUGAGACAAUUUUUGAGACUUUUUAAAAAAAUCAUUGCUUUCAGAGCAAUGAUGGUGUUGCUGUUACUCUUAGAGAAUCAACACUCUCUGCAAUUGCUGCCACCUCUCUACUUUGACAGGGCCUGGCAGGAGUGAUCACGUUUACACCGCCUGGUCUUUUUCUCCGCAAUGUGGGCACAUAUGGACACACAAGUAAAAUGGAUGCCUUCAGCUGCAGACAGAUGCCCUUUAAAAACAAGUUGAUAAAUCUGACAUAAAUCGGAGCAGAUGGCUAACCGUGUCAACUUGACACCCACUUUUCAAACUUUGAGUGGAGUAAAAAUCCAAAAUGUCUCAUCAUUUUUGAGCAAGCAAGUCACAAAGCCCUUUUUGAAGUCCAAAUUCCUCCAAAUAUACAGACAUUUUGCAGUGAUUUUUAAAUUGAGCCAUUGUUCAGGUACAUUGACCUACACAUGGCAUUAUUGGCCCAUUGUUGACAAGUUUCGGGAAUGAACUAGCAACCAAGAAAAUAUUUCAAGCCUAUUUUAUAAAUGUUCGCACUGAUAAAACUGACUUUCAUUGAUCAGAAACCACUAAUGUCUGCCACCUACAAGUUCCUUGUGUUUUCCCUUCCUGACAGAAAUUUAAAUGUGAUGGCAGGAGUCUUUUUUUCUUUUUUUCUUUUUGUAGGAGUUAUGGAGAAGGGGGUUUCAGACUCUGCACAACUGCCUCUGCAGUACUCCUGCUCGAUGGACCUUUUUAGUGCAGGAUGAU